CAGGUACAUAGUCUUGAAAAGUCUGUGGCAAUGGAAACUCUCCCCAGUGCCCUUAAUGCAGAUGAGAAAUCUCCAGAGUCAAAAGAUUUAUUGCCCAGUCAGACAGCCAGCUCUCUCUGCAUUAGCUCCCGGAGUGAAUCAGUCUGGACAGCUGGAAGCAAGAACAACUGGGAAAUCUUCCGCAAGCCCAUCAUCAUCAUGUCUACAGGUGGGGCUAUCUUCCUCUUUGGUGUUGUCAUCACCUGCUUGUCAUACACUUUGAAUUUGCCUCAAAAUUCAACUGUCCAUUUUGGUUAUCAGAUGAGUGGGCCAGCCUUCCUUUCCUUGGGACUCAUGCUUCUGGUGUGUGGACUGGUCUGGGUACCCAUAAUUAAAAAAAAACUGAAGCAGCGACAAAAAUCAAUUUUCUUUCAGAGUCUCAAAUCAUUUUUCCUGAAUCGCUGAUGGCACUUCAUCUUCACUAUGGUUUAGGGAAUGUAAUCUAAUGAUCAACAUCCAAUGAAGAGACGGGUAAAGAAAAUUGUAUCAAUCAAAGACUUUUCUUACUUUUAUGGGGAAAAAAGAAUCUUCGUUCCUUCACAGGACUCCCAAUUUGGAACCACACCGAUCCAGAAGCUGAAUUUUGAUGGGUUAUGCUCCAACCAAGUAUCAUCUAUAUAGUCUUUCUAUUAUCACUGAUGUUUGAAAUACUAUAUCAAUAUCAGCAAGCACCACCCCUUAUCACCUUCAACUACUGCCCCUUUUGUGUGCUUCAUCUCAAUAACCUUCUCCUUUGUGAGCCAAAAGCUAAGACAUACUGAACUCCAAGAAGCUCCUUUUUACAUACUAGAAUGGCAGAGAAGGUGAGAUAUAACUCACAUCUGGGUCUUUGAACUUGGACUUCUGGAUGGAGGAAGGGACUAGGCAGCAUAUCUUACAGACUUGGGUUUGAUAUUUACCCCAUACACACAUCAAAUUCCUUGAAGAAUUGAGAAACUGAGUUGCUUCCAGUAGACCAGACUGGACUUGUUACUAGUGACAUUUUCAAACAUUCCAAAGAUUAUAAGGUGGGAGGGAGAAUAAGUCUGUGUGUGUGUGUGUGUGUGUGUGUGUGUAUAAAAUCAUGAAAUAAGUAGGCCAUCACAUAAGAACACAGAAAAUUUAGUUAAGUGAAAUACUGAUCUCACAGUAUUGGUGCUGUAAUCACCAGUUCAUUCUUGACUACUUGAUCUUUCUUCUCUCUCCCCUCUGCUUUCAAUGAGCAACCGAGGAGUUAUUCUUUGAUCUACCAACAAAUGUAUAAUGCCACCCCAAACCAUUUUCAAAAUAAAACAAUAUCCCAGACCUGAA